AUGGUUCCAGGAACAGAUCUAAUGGAGAUGGGGGUGGGGCCUGUAGCUAUGAGGGUUAGAGCAUGUGGCUGCGAACCAUGGUGUUGGGGCUUCAAAGCCUUCAUGAACAAUAUUAUGUCUCUCAUUAGUGCUUGUACACAUGCUUCUAGAGCUACUCGAUUAGGUAUGCACCGGGUGCAUUUCCCUGAGGGUGUCCUAAAGUUACUCUCCAGGAGCGGAACAUCUUUUCUCAAAGAGCAAAUCCAUCAAACUUGGUCAGCCAUUAUAGAACAAGCAAUCCUAACGUAUAUGCUGAUUUUGACAUGUUGUACUUAUAAUAGUGUUGUGUGUCCAAAUGGUAGUGGGAAGAGCUCACUUUUCCGAGUUCUAGGAGGUCUCUGGCCCUUGGUAUCUGGCCAUAUUGUGAAACCUGGUGUUGGUACUGAUCUCAAUAAAGAAAUUUUCUAUGUACCACAAAGACCAUACACAGCUGUUGGAAACACUUCGGGACCAGUUGAUUUAUCUCUUACUGUAGAUCAAGAGGUUGACCUCGAGUAUUUGUUAGACCGGUAUCCACCUGAGAAAGAAAUAAAUUGGGGUGAUGAAUUAUCUCUUGGGGAGCAACAAAGAUUGGGGAUGGCUAGACUUUUCUAUCAUAAGCCUAAAUUUGCAAUUCUUGAUGAGUGCACAAGUGCUGUCACAACUGAUAUGGAGGAACGUUUUUGUGCUAAAGUUCGAGCGAUGGGAACGUCAUGCAUUACUAUCUCACAUCGUCCGGCUCUAGUUGCAUUUCAUGAUGUGGUGUUGUCCUUGGAUGGUGAAGGUGGGUUGGAGUGUUCAGUUCAAAAGGUUGGGGAGGAUUCUCCUCUCCUUAAUGAAGGUGGGGGAAAUAUGAUGUUGUCUGAGACAACCCGACAGAGUGAUGCAAUGACAGUUCAACGUGCAUUUGCCACGACUAGAAAGGAUUCUACAAUCUCAAAUUCGAAGGCACAAUCUUACAUCGGUGAGGUGAUAGCAGUGUCUCCUUCCGAGGAUCAUAAUGUUACACAUCCAUUUGUUCCACAGCUCCAAAGGGAUCCUCGAGCUUUGCCAUUGAGAGUAGCAGCCAUGUUCAAAGUACUGAUUCCCACAGUUCUUGAUAAACAAGGAGCACAACUGCUUGCAGUUGCUUUUCUCGUGGUAUCGAGAACAUGGAUUUCAGAUCGUAUUGCUUCCUUAAAUGGAACCACUGUGAAAUUUGUUUUGGAGCAGGAUAAGGCAGCCUUUAUUCGUCUAAUUGGCGUCCUUCCAGUAUUCGAUCCAUCUAUUCUUUUAGGCCCCCUUCCAGGAUCCCUUCAAAAUAUCAAGCGAAAUUGGAAACUCUUGCACUUGACAGCCAGGCUGGCUCUUGGGUGGAGGAUUCGUUUAACUCAACAUUUACUCAAAAAUUACUUAAGAAAUAAUGCAUUUUAUAAGGUGUUCAACAUGUCAAGCAAGAAGAUAGAUGCUGAUCAGAGAAUAACUCAGGACCUAGAAAAGUUAACUACUGACUUGUCGGGACUGGUUACAGGAAUGGUAAAGCCUUCUGUGGACAUUCUUUGGUUCACCUGGAGAAUGAAGCUUUUGACUGGUCGGAGAGGUGUUGCUAUAUUGUAUGCUUACAUGUUGCUGGGUCUUGGCUUUUUGAGGGCUGUUACCCCCGAAUUUGGUGAUUUGGCAAGUCGUGAGCAACAACUUGAAGGAACCUUCAGGUUUAUGCACGAGAGACUGCGUGCUCAUGCUGAAUCUGUUGCUUUCUUUGGGGGAGGUUCUAGAGAAAAAGCUAUGGUUGAAUCAAAAUUCAAAGAACUUCUCGAUCACUCCUUGUCUCUUUUAAAGAAGAAAUGGUUGUUUGGAAUUCUGGAUGAUUUUACCACGAAACAACUCCCACAUAAUGUGACUUGGGGGUUGAGCUUGUUAUAUGCCAUCGAACACAAGGGAGACCGAGCAUUAAUAUCCACUCAAGGUGAGCUGGCACAUGCAUUGCGUUUCUUAGCAUCUGUUGUAUCUCAAAGCUUUUUAGCUUUCGGUGACAUUCUUGAACUGCAUAGAAAGUUCCUUGAACUCUCUGGUGGCAUCAACAGAAUUUUUGAGCUUGAAGAGCUUCUAGAUGCUGCACAAUCUGUUGUUGGUUAUUCAGCGGCUUCCGAAGCUGACACUCAGUCACCAUCUAAGUGGAGAGAUUUUAAUUCUGAAGAUGUCAUUACCUUCUCAGAAGUUAAUAUCAUCACCCCAUCACAGAAGAUAUUGGCUAGGGAGUUAACAUGUGAUGUAGUACCUGGGAAAAGCUUGCUUGUUACUGGUCCAAAUGGGAGUGGAAAAAGUUCUGUCUUUAGAGUUCUUAGAGGUCUUUGGCCCAUCACGAGUGGAAGAAUCACUAAACCAUCACAACAUGUUAAAGAAGGUGUUGGAUCUGGUUGUGGAGUAUUUUAUGUUCCUCAGCGGCCUUAUACAUGUUUGGGAACACUCAGGGAUCAAAUUAUAUAUCCUCUAUCUUUUGAGGAGGCUGAGUUAAGGGCAUUGAAGUUGUAUCGAGAAGGUGAAAAAUCUUCUGAGCACACCAAUAUUCUAGACAUGCGGUUGAGAACUAUUCUGGAGAAUGUCCGAUUGAGUUAUCUUUUGGAAAGGGAAGAAGGUGGUUGGGAUGCUAAUCUGAAUUGGGAGGACACUCUCUCCCUUGGAGAACAGCAGAGAUUAGGCAUGGCACGCCUAUUUUUUCACAAGCCUAAAUUUGCCAUCCUUGAUGAAUGCACCAAUGCUACGAGCGUUGAUGUUGAAGAACAACUUUAUCGGCUCGCAAAAGACAUGGGUAUCACAGUUGUUACCUCCUCACAACGUCCUGCUCUAAUUCCAUUCCAUGCUCUGGAAUUACGGCUCAUUGAUGGCGAGGGUAACUGGGAGCUUCGUUCAAUAAAACAAUGA